AUGAAAUCUGCCACUACAUUCGCGACCAUCGUAGCGCUGAGUCUCUGCGUUGUCUCUGAGAGCGCACCGAAUACACCUGCACUCCGCGGAGUAUGUGUCGACGCGGACACUCCGACAGUCCAAGAAGAAGCCGAUGAAAGUAGGAAAGAUCGACGCCACCACCAUCACCACGUCAAGAAAGUCAAGAAAAUCGCCAUUCCCGUGCCUGUGGAAGUACCGCACUUCAUUCCAGUUCCUGUCAGUGUCCCGUCCACGGUAGUUGCUAGCUCUGAUACUACUGCUGUUGUUGGCACCUCCACCAACGUCGCGUCGACCAACCAUCACCACGUCAAGAAAGUCAAGAUAAUCGCCAUUCCCGUGCCUGUGGAAGUACCGCAAUUCAUUCCAGUUCCUGUCAGUGUCCCGUCCACGGUAGUUGCUAGCUCUGAUACUACUGCUGUUGUUGGCACCUCCACCAACGUCGCGUCGACCAAUGUCGCUUCGACCAACGUUGCUGCAACAGGUGCUGCUACUGGCGCCAUUGGGUCAGCGGGUGCAGGAGCUGCCACAUCAACAGGACCAGGAGCUGUCACGCCAGCCCCAACGACUGCUAAUGCAAGCCCAGCCGCAACUCCUGCAGCGACCAUGACCUCGCAAUCGAGAGCUACCCCGGCACCAACGAGAUCUGCCAGCAGCGUGGGUAUUCCGUCCGUAUCACAACAGCCACGAGGUGUCGCUCAGCCUCGUGGCGCAGGUGUGACCGGGGACUUGUCAUCGAGGCCAACAGUUGGAAGUCCAAGCAACGCGUUGGGAGGUGGACUCGGUGCCCCGUCUACUACUGCUGCUUCUGGUGGCGGUGCUGGUGGGUUCCCUGCAAACUCUGGCAAUACUGGUGAAGUUCCCACGAGCAACCGGGGCGGCAAUUUCGGUGGUGCCAGUGGGAUGGGCGGUUUCGGUGACGGCAUGUUCGGCGGAGUUGGCGGACAAACCUUCAGUGGGAAUGGCGUGGGGGACAGCUUCAGUCAGCGAAUGGGUUUCGGGCAGCGUAACGGCUUCGGGCAGCAACUUGGUAUCGGCGCCCAAGGUGGGAACACGGUUGGUAGGAUACCGGGACAAGGCGCGAUGACGAACUUUGGGCAGGUCGGCAACAACGGCUUGUCUCGCCACAAUUUGCCUGGCUUUGCAGGUGCGGCACCGGGCGGUGGCAACGCGAUUGGUGGCAGACGGUUGAGUCGUCGUGACGUCCAGCGUCGUCGUUGA